CAAUCAAUUAUACAGUUCAAAGUUCAGCAACGGCUUCUCCACGCACAAAUAGCACAGGAAGAACAGAAAGAGCCAGAAAAGAAGAAGAAAGCUCUGCUCUGUCCACCACUACCACCUGGACCUGGAAGGCUUUCAUUUAACCAACAACAGCUCUGCCUGCAACCAUGUGGUUCUACCUGGCUGUCCUGUUGGGGCUUUACUUCCUCUGCCGAUGGUACCGGGAGAGACAGACUGUGGACAACCUCAGAGAGAAAUACGUCUUCAUCACUGGCUGUGAUUCUGGCUUUGGAAACCAGCUUGCCAGGCAGCUGGAUAGUCUAGGCCUCCGAGUGUUAGCUGCCUGUUUCACCCAGAAAGGGGCAGAACAGCUAGAGAAGGCCACAUCCGAUCGGCUGAAAACCACCAUUUUGGACGUCAGCAGCACAGAGAGUGUAGUGGCAGCAACCGAGUGGGUGAAAGGAAUUGUGAGGAGCAAAGGGCUCUGGGGCUUGGUCAACAAUGCAGCUACAGGCGCUCAUGUAGCUCCCAAUGAAUGGCUGACCAAGGAUCAAUUUGCAGAGGUGAUAAAUGUCAACCUGCUUGGACUGAUUGACGUGACAUUGCACAUGCUGCCCCUGGUGAGAGCAGCAAGAGGGAGAGUCGUAAAUGUAUCCAGUGUUGGUGGAAGAGUGAUAAACAUAGGUGGAGGUUACUGUCUAGCCAAGUUUGGUGUGGAAGCCUUCUCAGACAGCAUAAGGCGAGAGCUCCGUCCUUUUGGAGUCCAAGUUAGCAUCAUUGAGCCUGGUUCUUUCAUGACAUCUAUUGCCUUAAGAUGGGAUGAAGACUUGAGGCGUAUAUGGAACCGGGUACCUUCUGAUAUCAAAGAAUGCUAUGGGCAGCAGUACCUUGAGGGAUGUAAGUCAACUUUAUGGUCAUUUUGCAGGUUAGAGAUAUAAAUGCCACAGGAUGAA